CACUGUGUACGCGUCCUCUUGUUUCCAUGGUUCCAACUCUCUAAUGCUGGUGGAUAAUACAAUUGCAGCACCAAAUGGAAGAUGAGAAGAGGCUUGAGCAUGGAAAGAUCUAUGUCAGGUUAAAGAAUGAACCAGGAAAAUCUUCACCAAAACCGGGGGUUUGUCUAAGCCUGUGGGACUCAAUUGAAUCAGACACAGAUAGCUUGGUCCAGGAGAGGGCCUAUCAGUUUGAGCUCCAGAAGCAAAUUGGAGGGUCCGCUGAACAAUCCAUGACACAAUCCCAAGAGGAAGACAAAGAAAAGUUAUGCCUGAAUAGGGAAGAUGGCAAAGAAGAAGAGCAAGAUGAGGGGGAACUUCGUAUCUUCGAUAGUCUCGAUGUAACAGCGCACAGGCAGAGUAAAAAGAAUGACGGGCCGAGUCCCAUCAAAGUCCACCUACAGCACAGAGACAAACAGUUCUCCAGACAGAUCGACUAUGACGACAUCUAUGCAGAAUUACGCUAUGAUCCCAACUGGAGGAUUAAUCAUGAGAGGGCUCGACAGUUUGACAAGAUGACCUCACAACUUCCCCUCUUGGAUGAAUCCCACAGCUCGGAUGAACAAUCUAAGAGACAUGUGGAGAUAAGAAAGGAUCUUUCAGGAAGAGAAGGAUACAGAUACAUCACUGCUCACAGUCCAGAAACCACACAAAGCAAAUUUCAGUCUAAACACCCGCUAAUGUCAUACCACUUACACCCAAAGCAGAAUCAAGCUACCAGAGAGGUUUCACCAGCAUCUUCGUACCCCCUACACCUUCAUCAAAAUAAGGUUGUUGGGGAAAGCAUGUCAGAGUCCACCUGCCAAAGUCCUGGUUUACCAUCUGAAACAACCGUGGAUACAGACUCACACCAGAGAGUCAAAGCCGACAGAGGUGUGAGAAACCAAAACAAUGUCAUUGGUGAUGAAAGCCAAGGUAGCUCUCCUGACCUGGAAGAGCAUUACAGGGAGUCACAUGAAAGAUAUGAUAGAGAGUUUCAGAUUCACCGUAAUCAAGAACAAUAUGGACAGUCUUCUGGGACUGCAACCGAGGAACCAUCGCAGAAUUUAACGCCCUCUAGAUCAAAGGGAUUGCAGCACUUGUCUAACAGAAAGCCAGAAAAGCCAAGAGAGGACAUAAUUGAACGCAACAGAGUGACACUGGGGAUCAGCGCAGCCAAACAGGGCUCGUACCUGAGAGCACAUGCACAACAGAAGGAGUUGAAAACACAUGGUUCAAAUCAGGUUUCUGCUUCUACUGAGGAAAUUAUUGGUAGCCAGGAAGAAGAAAGCCAAGGGGACAAUUUGGCCCCAGAGAUGAGGUUGCACCAAAAAACCCAGCAACUCCAGGUAACCCAAAUCUCCAAAAAAGAAAAGACAGUUAAGCGGAGAGAGAACCCCAAACCCCCCAGUGAGAAGAGACCCCUUGCACAGGUGGGCAAAGCCAGGCCAACAGACAGCUACCUCACCGACAACCCCGGACCUGCAGCUAGGACUCAGCCUCACCCUCACCAACAACCCCAGCACUCACCCAACAUUCAGGCACUCAGUGACACAGACCCCCAGUGUAGCAUACUGGACAACCGGCCAUGCCCACGCCAGUCCCAGCCUUUCUCUUUAACACAGCCCCCAAGUGUCCAUCUCAACAUCAACCAUAACACCUCUUCCAAGUUCCUCCCUUUCCUCCAUCGUAAUCACAAAGAAGGUGUUCUUACCUCCCCCUCACCAUUUAGUGGCCCCGGGCCUCAAUGGAAUUCUCAAAACAUGGAUGCUAGCACAACACUUAGGAACGCCGUCCUCAUCAACCCUAACUCUCACCUAAGCCCUCACCCUUUCUCCCAAGACGUUUCGGUGGAGCCGGUCUGGACUCCGCAGGCUGAUGGAUCUGCACCGAACCCAGUUUGGGGCUCUCACUGCAGGCAGGGCUUCCCAGGGAUUAGCCCUCUCUCCCAGGAACCACCAAACCUUAGGAACCAGAAGAAUACUCCAUGGCAGCCUGAAAACCACAUGCUGUAUGAGGAUGGCGAUAGUCACAGGUCUACCUACGCUGCCCAGAUAAAGAACAACCCCGGCUCCUACACACUGCUGCCACCUAUAGGUGAAACAACUUUGGGAGACCCUACAUUGUUCAGUGACAGAGGUGCGCAAAGAUUCACCUGUAUGAAGAGAAGCAUCUCUGAUGGCUACCUGGCACAGAUGCUGACAGAGAAACAACUGAAGCAAACAGUCACCUACAAGGCCUACACCCUGAAGGACUACAAGCAGCUGAUGCAGGACAUGAAGUUGGGUGGCCUUGGACCUGAUUACGCCACCGCAGAAAUGACAGGAGAGAAAAUAAGACGACAGAAGCUGUAUUCAAAUGUGAUCCGUGAGCAGAACAAGAAGAUAAAUAGGAUUCCCUCUCUGCCGGCCGCCAGGAACCCAGUGGGUAGCAACAACAAGGACAACAUGGUUCCCAGGAGGAAGGCCCUGGAGUACGCCAGGAACAUCCUGAGGCCCAAAGUGGCGCCCCAACUUAAACAGCCUAAACCCAGAGAAACAGAGAAGACCCAGGAGGGUGAUAAGAGCCACAUCUGCCUCCUGGAGGGCUUUACCCCAUCCCAGCUGGCCACACUGGAGUCUCUGAGGAAACGUCACGAGCAGGAGAAGGAGAUUGUGGCACGCUUUAAGAUGGUGCAUACCACCUGACCCUGUAUCAGCACAGUCACUUCACAACAUAUUGGGCUCAUACAACAACAGUUUUCCCCUUACAAGUGACAUUACCAUUAAACUUUUGGGGAAAGGACUUACUAUAUAAACAAGAUUGAGGAACAAUUUGGUGCAGCAAUUAAUCAUUCAUGGCAUUAUACAUCAUAGGCUGUUUACAUGUGAUGGAUGACAGGCAUUUAAUAUGAAUGUGUUUUUACAACAAAUUAUGCUGAUAAACAUGUGCCUUUGUUAAUAUGAUUUUAUGCCCACACCCAUUAGUAAUGGUACUUUCUACAAACAUGUUGCUGUAUUCCCAAACAAAAUAGAUUUUUGAGCAUGGAGUUUAAAGUUAGUGAUUAUUAACACAUAACAAACCAUACAUUGCUAAGAAAUAACUGAACAUCUCUGCCAUGUGAGAACCCACGAGGCUGAAGCCUGAGAAACAUUUGAGGUAUCUGCAAUCUGAACUUAAAACGGGGUUCAAAGCCUUUGACAGUUUCCUGUCAAACAGGGGCACACAGGAAACAUCAGGUCAUUUUUCCUGUCAUGUGUCCAAGGCAUGGCUGGCAACAUUAUCGUCUGACCAAAGAUAUUUAGAAAGUUAACUGACAAGUGUAGCUGAUAUCUGUGGAAAUGUUGAAAAACUUGGUAUCUUGCAUAGACCUGAGAAAUGCAUGUCACAAAAAACA